UUGUAGUAGUAGUAGUGGUCUUCCAGUUAGUUAUAACAUGGUGAUCUGGCAUAACCAUCUCAAUUUUUUUAAACAUAUCCCGAAUAUUGUGCAUGAUAUAAACUUAUAAUAUAAGGUUGCAUCUGUAUCAUCAUCUUCCUCAUUAAUGCCAGAAAAAAUCAUUCUUUUACAUUUUUUUCUGUACUUUUUUUUGUAGCUAUCCAUUUCCAAUUCUUAUAAAAUCACAUUAAUAAAAAAUAAAAGUGUAUUUUUAAAAUUUAGGGUGUAAUCUACCCAUUUAAAAAGCUUACAACUUUGAAAUUUAGAAUAUAAUCAAAGUUUUACAAAAUUGUGCAUGAAGUUUAUCAAAUUUCUGGGUUUUUUUCAAGGAGAAAAAGAAAAGCAGAUUUAUUUAAGGUUAAAUAUAUAGAAAGAAGAAGAAAAUGGGUGUAGAUUAUUACAAUGAAUUACAGGUAGAUAGAAAUGCAACAGAUGAUGAUUUAAAAAAAGCAUACAGAAAAUUAGCAAUGAAAUGGCAUCCAGAUAAAAACCCAAAUAACAAGAAAGAAGCAGAGGCUAAAUUCAAGCAAAUUUCUGAAGCAUAUGAGGUUCUAAGUGAUGAAAACAAGAGACAAUUCUAUGACCAACAUGGUGAAGAAGGUCUUAAGGAUGCACCAGCAGGGUCAAGUGGCUCCCCCUAUGGAACCAACAAAAAUGGGUUCAAUCCUCGAAGUGCAGAAGACAUAUUUGCUGAAUUUUUUGGGACUAGUCCUUUUGAAUUUGGGUCAUCACCAAGUGGUGGAAGAGGCAAAAGAUAUUCAUAUAGUGAAGGUGGAAAUGAGAGCACAUAUAGAACAUAUAAUGAAGGUGGAACAGCUAGUACUACACCAAAGAAACCACCUCCUAUUGAAAAUAAGCUGCCUUGUACACUUCAAGAACUCUAUACUGGAUCGACACGAAAGAUGAAGAUCUCAAGGACCAUCGUCGAUGCUAAUGGAUGUCAAGUACCAGAAACAGAGAUACUAACAAUAGAAGUAAAGCCUGGAUGGAAAAAAGGAACGAAGAUAACAUUUCCGGACAAGGGAAAUGAGCAACCAAACCAGCUUCCAGCAGACUUAGUAUUUGUGAUCGACGAGAGGCCACACGACGUGUACACGAGAGACAGUAACGACUUGAUCAUGACUCAGAAUGUGACUUUGGCGGAGGCCAUUGGAGGAGCCACGGUCAAGGUUACAACGCUAGAUAGCCGGACCUUGUCCAUACCUGUCAGAGAUAUGAUCACACCAGACUAUGAGCUUGUUAUUACUAAGGAAGGGAUGCCUAUUGCAAAAGAUCCCAAGAGUAAAGGUGAUCUGAGAAUCAAGUUCAAGAUUAAGUUUCCUACUAAUUUGACAUCAGAACAGAAAAAGGCCUUAAAACGUGCUUUUAACACCUGAUCUUUUGUAUGAUAAAACUCACUGUUGCUCAAAGUUUUAGGAUGAUAACUUGAGGAUUUUGGCCUUGAGAAUGCUUGAUGAAGUUAAUGCUUAGUUUGUGAUUUGUUGA